GAAUCCUAACAGCGUUAUGUUCCGUCAGCCUCAAUAAACUUGCCAAGCUAAACGGUGACUAACGGCAAGUUUACUCGCUUAACCCUCCCAUGUAAACUCGCCGUCCGAGCAAUCUCGACUGUGAGUUUUUUGUCUGAGUUCCGAGAAGCGAUUUGCAGACAACGGUUUCGUUACUGACAUUAAAUCUUGGUUGAAUCCAGGAGAUAUUUGGUCUUGUCUCAGAGAAGGAUCAUUUUGCUGAUGAGCUUCCUUUUGCUGAGAGCUUGGCUAAACUCUUAAUAGGAGUUGGCAAAGGAUUUGUAUUUUGGGUUUUCCGUACGAGUCUGAUAUGCAUAUCCCAUGUGAUCAAUGUUAAUUUCCAUUUUAGAUUUCAAAGCCUCGACACCCGAGAAAUAGUGUAAAUAUCCCAAGUUUUUCAAUGCUAAAGAUGAGUUCAAAGAAUGAAAGAACUGACUAGACUUUUGAUUUCUGUUUCUAAACAACAUGUAAUUGUAAGGUGUCCUGUACAUAUACUAGAAUGUCAAUAAAAGCCAAACCUCUGGAGUGUUGUGUUCAGCUUUUCAAACCAGGCCCUGUUUAGCAUUAUUCAUCUGCCUCUUUGAUUUUCAAACUCUUUGCUAAAACUGAACAAACGAAAUCUCGCAGUUUUGCAGCCUUACUAUAAGGAUCUUGUUCUCUUAUGACUUGCAACUUCCAAUCGCUUCCCUAUGUCCAAGAACUACCUUUCUUCUUAGACUGUCUCCCAAGAUCCCAUCAAUUCAAGGAGAAGCGAAUGAGUGAGAGAUCCCCGGAAUUAGCCAUUGGAAUCGAUCUUGGAACCGCAUACUCGUGCGUUGCAGUGUGCCAACACAAUCAAGUGGAGAUCAUCAUCAAUGACCAAGGUAACAGAACGACGCCGUCUUACGUUGCCUUCACUGAUACUCGGAGGAUGGUCGGUGAUGCUGCCAAGAACCAAGCUGCACGUAACCCUGCUAACACUGUCUUUGAUGCAAAGAGGUUAAUUGGUAGGAGAUUUAGUGAUUCUCAUGUUCAGAGUGAUAUGAAGCUUUGGACAUUUAAAAUCAUUUGUGGACCGAAUGAUCAGCCCAUAGUUGUUGUAAAUUUUAAAUAUCAAGAAAGGCACUUUCAUCCCGAAGAAAUCUCAUCCAUGAUAUUAGCAAAGAUGCGUGAGAUUGCAGAGAUAUAUCUUGGUUCCCCAGUUAAGAAUGCAGUUAUCACGGUACCUGCAUAUUUCAACUUCUGUCAACGUCAAGCAACUAAAGAUGCAGGUAUUAUUGCUGGCCUAAAUGUUAUGCAAAUAAUCAAUGAGCCCACUGCUGCAGCAAUUGCAUUUGAUCUUCGUAGGAAAUAUAGCUAUGUCCAAGAGAGGAAUAUUUUUGUGUUUGAUCUUGGUGGUGGUACCUUUGAUGUGUCUCUUCUAACAAUAAAGAAGGGUGACUUUCAAGUUAAAGCAGUUGAUGGUGACACACACCUUGGAGGAGAGGAUUUUGACAAUAGAAUGGUGGACUUUUUUGUUAAAGAGUUCAAGAGGAAGCAUAAAAAGGACAUUAGUUGGAAUCUAAAGGCCAUUAGGUGGUUGAGAACUGAUUGUGAGAGGGCGAAAAGAACACUCUCAUCUACUCCUAUUGAUACAACCAUUGAGGUUGAUGCUUUAUAUGAGGGCAUUGACUUUUACUCAAUAAUAACUCGUGCCAAGUUUGAGGAAAUGGACAAAGAUAUCUUUGGAAAGUGUUUGGAAAUUGUAGAGAAGUGUCUGUUGGAAGCAAAGAUGGACAAGAGCAGUAUUGAUGAUGUUGUGCUUGUUGGUGGCUCUACGAGAAUUCCCAAAGUUCAAGAACUACUACAGAACUUCUUCAAUGGGAAGUGUCUGUGCAGGAGUAUUAACCCUGAUGAGGCUGUUGCUUAUGUUGCUGCUGUUCAAGCUGCCAUAUUAAGUGGUCAAAGGACUGGAAGUUUACCCGACAUUUUCUUGAGGGAUGUCACUCCAUUGUCCUUGGGGUUCAAGAUAAAGGGUGGUCUCAUGAGAGUUGUAAUCCCAAGAAACACUAGUUUUCCUGCCACAGUCUGGGUUGAUGAUUUUACUACUGAGAAGGACAAUCAAACAUCAGUCUGUAUUCCAAUUUUUCAGGAUGAGAGAACAAGAGCUAAGGACAACCACUGGUUGGAUACGUUUGAAGUUACCAUUGCUCCAGAGUCAAAGGGUGUUCCUGAUUUCAGAGUUUGCUUUUUCAUUGAUGAGAAUGGUAUUUUAAAUGUUUUUGCAGAGGAGACUAGAUCAGGAAACAAGAAUGAGAUAACCACACAUAACGGAAAAAGAAUACUAUCAAAGGCAGAAAUUGAAAGGAUGAUUCAAGAAGCAGACGAAUACAAGGCCGAAGAUGAGAGGUUCAAGAAGAAAGUAGAAGCAAAGAAUGCUCUGGAGGACUAUCUGUACAAAACCAGGACCACUGUAAAUAAUGAGAUGAGUGGCUCAGGGCUUUCACCAACAGACAAGAAGAAGAUUGACAAUGCAAUUAAAAGGGCCUUAGCAUGGGUUGAUGUGCAGCAGCUUGCUGAAGUUGACGAGUAUCAGCUUCAGAAGGAGAGAGCUUGAGAGCAUCUUUAAUCCCAUGAGGUUGAAGAUGAGUCAA